GGGUCCGGGCUGAGCAUGGCCGCUGCCUGGGGGAGCUGGGAGGAGGAGGUGGAGGUGGAGGUGGAGGCGGCCGAUGUCAGUGGGGAAGAGGAGGAGAACAUCCUCUACGACCUGCUCAUCAACACCGAGUGGCCGCCGGAAACCGAGGUGCAGCCAAGAGGCAACAAAAAACAUGGUGCAUCCUUUAUCAUCACUAGAGCAAUUACAGGUCCUGCAUUAUUUUUGCUUCAGUAUAUCUGGUACAGUCCUGCAAAGUUUUCCCUCCCUGCUGGGCUUGUUCGUCUGGUUAGUAAGCAGAUCAACUGGCAUCUAGUGCUUUCAAGUAAUGGUAAACUGUUGGCAGUUGUUCAGGACCAAUGUGUAGAGAUCAGGUCUGCAAAAGAUGACUUUGGAUCCAUUGUUGGAAAAUGUCAAGUGCCGAGAGAUCCUAACGCACAGUGGAGACGAGUGGCAUGGAGUCAUGACUGCACACUGCUUGCCUAUGCUGAAAGCACUGGAACUGUGAGAGUAUUUGACCUGAUGGGCAGUGAGCUCUUUGUCAUUUCUCUGGCAACCAGUUUUCCAGGAGAUUUGAGCUACGCAAUUGCUGGAUUGAUCUUUCUAGAAUAUAAAGCAAGUGCCCAAUGGUCAGCUGAACUGCUAGUCAUCAAUUAUCGUGGAGAACUGAAAAGUUACCUUGUAAGUGUUGGAACAAACCAAAGCUUCCAAGAGAGUCAUAGUUUCAACUUCAGCAGCCAUUAUGCCCAUGGAAUAACUACAGUGGUUUAUCAUCUUGGGCACAGGCUUUUGCUUGUGGGUGGCUGUGAAACAGAUGAAGAUGGAGUAUCUAAAGCAACUAGUCGUGGAAUAUCUGCUUGGAGAGUUCUUUCCGGAUUCCCCCAUUAUAAACAAGUCACUAGUUAUGAAGAUGAUACUGGGACAGCAAAGAGAAGUGGAUUAUUAAGGAUUAUGAAUUUCAGAUUUUACAGCAAACAAAGAACAGAACAGGAUGGCGUUUUCAAGAUGAGCCUUUCUCCAGAUGGAACUCUUCUGGCAGCUAUCCACUUCUCAGGAAAACUGACCAUCUGGGGAAUCCCAUCUCUCAAACUACAAGGAGAAUGGGAUCAAAGCGACCAGCCAGGUUAUGAUGAGAUCAAUCCAGAUUGGAGGCUUUCUACUGAAAAAAGGAAGAAAAUAAAAGAUAAAGAAUCCUAUUACUCGCUAAUGGAUGUAAAUUGGUGGGCAGAAAAUGCUGUGAUCUUGGCUCGCUAUUCUGGAGCUUUGACUGUGUCAUCUGUGAAAACAUUAAAAAACUUACUGGGGAAAUCAUGUGAAUGGUUUGAAAAUUCCCCUCAGGUCACGUCUACUCAUGAUGGAGGAUUUCUAAGCCUGGAGUGCGAGAUAAAACUGGCUCCAAAGAGAUUACGCUUGGAGAGCAGGCCUGGUGAAGAAGAUGAAAGAGAAGAUGACUCUGACUCAGAUGAUGUAACUUCUGCCAAGGCCAGAUAUUUCAGUUACCUAAAGCAAGGCCUGUAUUUUGUGACAGAAAUGGAGCGAUUUGCUCCUCCACGGAAACGUUCACGCACUAUUACAAAGAAUUACCGCCUUGUGAGUUUAAGAUCUACAACCCCAGAGGAGCUUUACCAGAGAAAGAUUGAUAAUGAAGAAUAUGGUGAAGCUUUAUCUUUGGCUCAAGCAUAUGGUCUAGAUUCUGAUCUUGUAUAUCAAAGACAGUGGAGGAAAUCAACUGUUAACAUUGCUUCUAUUCAAGACUACCUGAGUAAAAUUAAGAAGCGGUCCUGGGUUCUUCAUGAAUGCCUGGAAAGAGUUCCUGAGAAUGUGGAUGCUGCCAAAGAGUUGCUGCAGUAUGGUUUAAAGGGCACAGACUUGGAGGCUCUCAUAGCUAUUGGAAAAGGAGAAGAUGGUGGCAGAUUUAUCUUACCAGGAGAGGUGGACAUUGAUGAAGUCCCCUAUGAAGAAUUUUUGUCACCUGAUGAAGAAGCAGAAAAUAGAAAGGAAAGGGAGGCUAAGAAGCAUCAAGAACUGCUUCUAUCAGUGAAGUUCUCAAAACUAACACUGGAACAAAAGGAACUUUGUCGAAGCAGGCUGAAAUUAUUAAAUUAUUUAGAUAGACUUGCAACUUACGAGGAAAUCCUUGGAGGGCCUCAUGCAGCUGAGCAGAGAUAUGAUGCCGAAUUCUUUAAGAAGUUCCGAAAUCAGAAUAUUGUACUUUCAGCAAGAACUUAUGCUCGGGAAAGCAAUGUGAGAGCCCUAGAGAUCUUGUUUACGUACCAUGGUUCAGGCCUGCUUCCACAUCGACUGGCAAUUCUCUCUAAUUUUCCAGAGACCACUUCACCACAUGAGUAUUCCUUUUUGCUGCCUGAAGCUUGUUAUAGGCAGGAUGUGUUGAUGAUUCUUCCCUGGAAUGAACAGAAGCAUCGGGAAGAGGACUGGUGUGAAAACGCACAGUGCAAAAUAUUUGAACCAGUUCUUCAAGAUGAAGAUGAAUUCUUGUAUGAAGCACAACCUGAGUUAUUAAAGUACAGAACUACUAAGCUUUCGAUAGACCUGGUUUCUGACUGGUACUGGAAUAGGGCACAGGAGAUUGAGAACUAUGCUAUGCAGGUGGAUUGUGCUCUGUCCCUGGUUCGACUUGGCAUGGAGAGGAACAUUCCUGGUCUGCAGGUGCUUUGUGAUAACCUGGUUACUCUGGAGAUGCUGAUUUAUGAGACUGGAUGUGAUCUAACCCUAACCUUGAAAGAUCUGCAGGAGAUGAAAGAUAGUGAAAAACUAAGACUGUUAAUGAUGAAUUCUUCUGAUGAAAGAUAUGUGAAGAACGUUUAUCAGUGGAUGGUCCCAUUUCUACAUCGCUGUGAAAAUCAGACCCCUGGUCUUGCAAACACACUUUUUAGGGAGUAUUUAGUAAGCUUAGCAAAGGAAGACCUGAAAUUCCCUCUGAAGAUCUUUCAAAAUUCAAAACCAGAUUGUCAGCAAAAAAUAAUUCCUGAUCAGGACCAGCUGAUGAGUAUGGCACUGGAAUGUAUCUAUAGUUGCGACCGAGAUGACCAGCUCUCCCUUUGUUAUGAUAUUUUGGAAUGCCUUCCACAAAGAGGAUAUGGCCCGGAAACAGACAUAACUAAAACUCUUCAUGACAAGGUAGAUGAACUGGAACAAAUUCUCAGUGUAUCAGAAAUUUUGGAGAAGCAUGGACUUCAGAAACCUGUAUCAUUUGUAAAAGAUACGCAGAACAGCCCAGAGCAAGCAGAGAAGCUUAUGAUUAGGCUGACCAGGCACACAGGACGCAAGCAGCCACCAGUCAGUGAGAUGCACUGGAAAGGGUUACUUCAGGAUAUGUUGGAUAUGCAGAAGAAUGUCUACACAUGCUUAGAGCCAGACACUUGCUACGAGAUAUUUACAGAAAGCCUUCUGUGUUCAAGCCAUCUAGAAAAUAUACACCUAGCUGGGGAAAUGAUGCAUUGCAGUGUUUGGUCAGUGGAUCCACCAGUUGGUGUUGCGUCAAAAGGAAAACCACGGUAUAGAGUUAACUAUGACAAAAGCAUCAAACUGGUUUUGGCUGCUGGCAGAGAAUACUUCAAUUCUUCUACCAGUCUGACUGAUAGCUGCAUGGAUUUGGCUAGGUGCUGUUUACAACUUAUUGUUGACUGCCCCAGUGCUAUCCAAGAGGAGCUAGAUCUCAUUCGUGCUCUUAGCUAUCUUGAAGAAUUUGGUCUGACAAUCUUGCCAUUACAAGUGCGUUUAUGUUCUGAUCGACUCAGCCUCAUCAAGGACUGUAUUGCUCAGUUGCCCACAAACUACAAACAGUCUGCCAAGCUCCUGGGACUUGCAGAUUUACUGAGAGUUGCAGGAGAUGACCAGACCGAGAGAAAAGGCCAGGUUUUAAUCCUUUUAGUGGAACAAGCUCUCCAUUUCCAGGACUACAAAGCUGCUAGUAUGCACUGCCAAGAGCUUAUAGCCACAGGCUAUUCUAAAAGUUGGGAGGUAUGCAGCCAAUUAGGGCAAUCAGAAGGCUACCACGACCUGAGUACUCGGCAGGAGCUCAUGGCUUUUGCUCUGACACAUUGCCCUCCAGGUGCCAUAGAGUCACUGCUGGCAGCAAACAGUUCUUUGCAGACUCAGAUUCUUUAUCAAGCAGUGAAUUACCAGUUACGCCCUUCAGAAGGAGGGGAGAAUAUAAAUAUCCCAGGACCUUCUUCGCUGGUCACUGAGGAGACUCCUCAGGAAGAAAUCAGCAUUCCUUCUAGCCAGUCUGCUGACUUGUUGUAUUGGACCACCGCUAAAACCAUGAAAGUUCUGUCUAAUACAACUACAACGACAAAAGCCAUGCUGCAUGCAGUCAGUGAUGGACAAUGGUGGAAGAGGUCAUUAACUUAUCUUCGGCCAUUACAUGGCCAAGAAUUUGGAGAUGUAUUAAAAAGCAGUUCUGGAGCCAAUGCUGCAGUGGAAAAGCAGAGCUGUCAUCCCUUUUAUGAAUCUCUCAUUGAUGAUCCCUAUGUUGCAGAAUCUGAAGUAGCCUAUGCUGGAUUCCAACACAAUUCUUCAGAAAGUUUUGCAGAAGUAUUGCUGAGAACAGGAAAAAUUGCAGAAACUAAAAGUGAAGGAGAAGACCUAUUUCCAGCUACAGAAGUUCUGUUACAACUGGCUAGUGAUGCUUUACCAAAUGAUAUGACCUUAUCCCUUGCCUACCUACUUGCAUUACCACAGGUGGUAGAUGCCAACAAGUGCUUUGAAAAGCAAUCACAUUCUGCUUUAUCUCUCCAGCUGGCAAGUUAUUACUAUAGCCUGCAGAUCUAUGCUCAUUUGGCACCAUGUUUCAAGGACAAAUGCCAUCCCCUCUACAGGACUGACCCAAAAGAGCUGAUUAAGAUGGUCACAAAGCACGUUUCUCAGUGUGGCUAUGAAGACUGGCCUGAAGAAAUAGCAGCUUUGAUUAAGCAGUUGUACUACUACAAUGAACGACUACUGGACUUCACUCAGGCUCAAAUCCUUCAAGGCCUUGGCAAAGGAGUGGAUGUGCAGAGGUUUACAGCAGAUGGCCAGUACAAGAGAGAAACUAUACUGGGGUUGGCAGAAACACUUGAAGAAAAUGUGUACAAGAUCGCUCUUUCCUUGGCUCAGCGUUACAGUGUUCCACUUUGGGAAGUUUAUAUGACACAUCUUGAGUUUCUGUUCACGGAUAGUGGCUUAUCUACUGGAGAAAUAGAAGACAGAGCACAAAGUCUUGGUCUCUUUGAGACUUUGAAAACCAACCCUGAAGCCCUAUAUCAACACAUGGCCAAAUAUGUUUACCCGGGUAUUGAAGGCAUAGAUCACCAGCGGUUGCUUUAUUAUUUUACUCUCCUUGAAAACUGCGGCUGUUCAGAAUUUGUAAAGCAUGCUAUCAAACCUGAAACUCACAUACGACUGCUGAAAAAAUUCAAGGCCGUUGCACCAGAUCUCAAUUACAAAAAACUAACAGAUGAAAAUGUGAGCCCUCUGGGAGUAUUGCAGCCCAUCCUUACAAGUCAGAACAUCUUAUCCAUUUCCAAACUCGCUCCCAAAAUCCCUGAGAAAGAUGGUAGUAUGCUCUCUCCAAGCUCUGUUUACACCAUCUGGUUACAAAAACUCUUCUGGAAUGGUGAUCACAAGCUCAUUAAAAAAGCACCAGAAACAAUACCAGAGUGGUUAAGUGCAUAUGAUACAUGUGCAAAGUACUUUGAUAGACUCUACCCAGGAGAUAUUGUCACUUUCAUUGAUGACAUUACCUUUUCUUCAAAGGCUGUCACCAAGCUGUCAGUAGAUGCCCGGCUAGAGAUGACUAAUAAGGCUAUUAAAGCAAUGCAACAGGCCAUUGAGAAACCAAGAAAAAAGAACUCUGAAGAUGGUAUGGACAGUGCUGGAAGCACGCCUGUCACUUAUGAGAAAGCUCUGAAUCAUCUGCAGCAGUCUCUUGCUCAUCUGGAAACGCUCAAUCAUAGGUUUAUCACUUAUCUGAAAAACAGUGACCAGGAAAUGCUACAGAAGUACGGCCACUUAUAUGAUUUAUCCAGGUCAGAGAAGGAAAAAAUCCAUGACCAGGCAGUAGCUAUGUGUAUAGAUGGUCAGCCUCUAGACAUGAUACAGCAGUUGAUGGAAGUGGCUGUCGGAGAUCUCGAACUCUCCCCCAGAGAUAUAGUACAAUGCGCUAUAAACAAAAUUGUAUUUGCAUUAAGUGAUAAUGGUGCUGAAUUUACUUUGAUAAAAGACCCGCUUCAGAUCCUAGAAGAGAUUGUUUCUGCAGUCCACGCAAGUGCUGAAAAGGGGGAGAAACUAGUUUCUUCAGAUGAUCUAUUGGAGUGGUUGAGACCUUUCUGUGGUGAUGAUUCCUUGCCAGUGAAGCCCCGCAUUAAGGUGCUGCAGAUUAUGGAGCAAGCAUUUCAUCUCAGUGAUGAGGAUAGCAGGCUACUUGUGUUCUUCAGAACUCAAGCUGUUCUCAAAGCCUGUUGGCCUGAGACAAAGAAUCAGAGGUCCAUACUUGGCCCCAGAUCUUUUCACUUUUUCAUACUAUUAUACCAUGCUUUUAUUCGCAAUUUUUUAAAAUACAGUUUUCUGAAUUUUGUUUUCUUGUUUGUUUGUUUGUUUUUUAGCGCAUACACGAGUAAUAAUCCAUGGGUGAAACUAGGGACAGUCAUGCUAUCAAGAUGCCCAACUGGGCAAAAAGAGAAUAUGGGAAAUGAAAUUUUGAAGAUCUGUCGUUCUUUGUAUGAGACUAAGCACAUGCUGCCCGUAGAGUGUACAAAGGAAUUAUGUUUGCUGCUGCUUAACCAGUCCCUCCUGCUGCCAUCCCUGAAACUGCUAGUAGAAAGCAAAGACCAAGAUCUUCAUGCAUUGGCACUGGAGCAGAUAACAGCUGUUGCUAAGAUUGAUGAUUCCAGCUGCGAUUCUGAAAUUCUUUCCUUGCUCCUGAAUGCGAAAUUAGUGGUAAAGUGCAUAUCAACUGUGUUCUACCCUCCCCUUAUCAACCACUUACUGGCCAACCAGGAAGAGGGGCAUUGGGAUAUAGAGGAAAUAUCAAAACAACUGCAGGAAGCAGGCUUCAGUGCAGAGGCAGGGUCUCUUAUGAUGUGUUACAAAGGGACUCAUCCUGCCCUCAGAACCUACAGUACUGCCCUCAGUGCUAUUCAGCAUUGGAUCUGAGUGGCAAAACAAACUGAAUUUCUUUUGACAAAACAGCUGCCUGAAUAAUGUGUUUGUUUCAAUUGCCUGCUUUUCAGAUGGAGAUCUUCUACAUGAGAGACAAAUUGUUCUUCUAAUGAAGUGAUAUAUUUAGAGUUGAUCAUCACUACUUAUGAUUUGUGGAAAAUGCUAACAAUAUACAUACAUUUACAUACUUUCGGUUAUUUUGAAAUUUUUUACCAGUUCUAAAAGUCUCUCUCUCAAUAUAGAUAUAGUAAAUCUCUCAAACUGGUAAAAACUUUCAAAUCGGGAAAAACAUUUGAAAUACAACCACAUUAAUAUGUAAAUUAUAAACUAGGAAAGUAACUUGUAAUGCUGCAGGGUUAUACAAUGUGUCACACAAUUCUUGUAAGUCAUUUACAUCCUGGUCACAAUGUAAAACAAUAGUUAUCAAUAAAGGUGUUUAGAACAAUGUGUCAUUGGCAUGAAGAGAAUUAACUAAUGAGAAGUUCUGAAAUCUUAAAAUUUGAUAUUUUUCAAUGUUGUUUUGGACAUCUUAUUACAAUAGUUUUAUUUGCAAUAAGUGAAGUACUUUUCAUUUAUUAAACCUUUUCUUUUUUCCUCCUCCUUUUGACUGAACUGAGUAUUCUUCAGGGGGAAGCAAGCUGAUAAUUUUUUUCACACGUACUAUAGUUUGGUCUUUUUUACUCUCCAUCCAAUUUCAGAAAACUUGGCUCAGAUCUCCAGAAGAUUUUGUUCACCGUUUUGUCUUUCCUUCCUGAUGUCUUCUCCUAUUUGCUAUGGACAUGAAUAGCAGAUCCAUUUCAGUUUUGUUCAGUAAGGAAAAUGGUGCACAUGGAUUUAUUCUAUGUAGCCUGUUUUACCAGAAGCAUUUGGUGUUCAUAUGUGUUUAUAUGAUUAUGGCUUUGUGUUAAAAUUACCUUCUCAAUUUCACUCUUGCCUAGUUCUGUAUUGAGAUCAGUCUUCAAAGGAAUUUUACGAGAACCUGAAAAAAAAAUAACAUUUCUGUUUCAUUCUACAAAAAUGGAUAUUAAGACAAUAGUUUCUAAUCUUUAGUUGGGGCGGAUGUCCAGUGCAGGUACUCCAUAGGAAAGGUAUACAACCGGAUAAAUGGCUUAGAAAAGAACUUAAAAAGACGUGUUUGGUAAAGGAGCAAAUAGGGGGCGGUUGAGGACUCUUAUGAUUGGUGUGGCAAGGAGCCAACCCCCAUUAUUAUAGCCCACCUUAAUCCUCCUACGAGGGGAGGCAGUGGAUAAGGUAAAGUAAGGUCCUGGCAAUGGAUUUGCUGGAGGGAUGUGGAUGGAAAAAAAGGGGGAGCUGGUAAAAAUCCCCAUGGUAAUUGUGGAAUAAACAUGGGGUGACCUGCACUGUACACUUUUAUCUGUCGGGUAGUCCCAGACAUCUAAUAAUAGUGUUGCGACUUGAUUAAAUCCAUGUCAAAUGUCUUCUGUCCUUCUUUGGUAUUGCCAGACAACCAUUGUUGGGUUAAUUUCCUAUAAGUAUCAUCUGUGGCUUUGAAUCAAUAUAUUAUUUUAUUUUACUUACACUUUGUCCUAAAAAAAGUUGCUUGGAAUUCUUUAAGAAGACUGUAACAAUGUAUUGAAUCCUUCAGGUGGUUUGGUUCUUUUUGGUUCACACCUUUUCAACAAUGUUUGAGCUUCCUUCAUUCAUGACCAUCAUUUUCAUUCAUCAACCUCAGGGAUUAGAAUUGAGGUCUUUUUCAUUUAAAUUCCCCAAAUUAAUCUUUGCCGCAGGUUCCAAAUACUGUAUCUUAAAUAAAAUCAAAGCUCAUUGGCAUAGCACAGGAAAAAUCACAAACCCAAAGAUAAAUGGAAAUAAAUAAAUGCAUUGGAACACUGAACAAUGCUAUUAGCCAGACACACGGGUGGUUUUAUAAAGUAUUGAAAUAGCACCUACAGCAUAGCAUAAAAAUGCACCUCACGUUUCUCAGCCUGUUAGCUCAGGAUCAUGUUUCCAGGGAGUCCAUGUGUUUGUGUCACUUCAGAGCUAGUGCAGUAGAUAAAACCCAGCAGUUUUAGCAGUUCAGAGAGCCACUGACAUCCUGGCAUUACAUCACACCAAACCUAACCCAGGAUAGAUAACAGUGGUUGGUAUCAGUUGGUAUGGUUCCUGUGUGGUUCUAGCCCAAAAACUUGCAGAGAUUAAACAAUUUUCAACAUCUCCAUCCAAAAUCACAUGCUUAGUCUUAAUUGUUCUCCAGUACACUUUCCAAAUGACAUUAUCAACCACUUCUUUCUGGAUGAAAUAGAAGAGUUGGUUUCCCCCACCCUCAUCAAUAAACAGCUUAUGCUGACAGGAACUCGGAGAUGAUUAACUUUAUUUAAACAUUUUCUAAAAGACACAGUGAUGGGUUAUACUGGACAACUGGACAUAAUUUCUCACUAGGACCAAUAUGCAAUGAACUAUCAUAAUCUUCCUAAUGCAAAGUAGGCUGUGAAGCAGUGUAAGUGGUACUUGUUUAAGAAAGACAAUUUGUGGUAGCUGCUUGUCUUUUGGGGCUGUAUUUCCCCCUCUUGACUCUCAGUGAAUUGUGUUUGUGCCUUAUCUGUCCUGCAAUAUGGACGUGGUCAGUCAGUUGGCUGUCAUACAGCAAUGACAUUAGAUAGAGGUAUUACAUGGUUGUAGGUGUCUCACCAGCCUGCAGCAAUGUAGCUUCCACCACAUGCAGGCAUCUGUUCAUUAAAAGAGAAGGCACAUUCUGAGUAUACGUGUAUCAAAAUGUGUGUUUGUGAAUUUCUUCCAUGAGAUUGAUUUCAGAUUUGAAGUUCUGACAAUUGUUAUUAAGAUAUGUUAGCAAAUGGGAUAACAAUGAGAGUUGUCCCAUAAGACUCUCUCAUCAUCUGUUACUUAUUAAGACAAUAAAAAGGUACUGAAGAGCUGAA